AUGAAAGAUUGGUCGUCACCAAUCUAUGCCUUUUUCGAACCAACACCAGCAAUCGAGUACCAUGACAAGCGCAGGUGCCAUGUCUUCAAAUGUGCUGCGCAUGGCUGUAAGCAUCACAUCCGACGGUACCUGGACAAAAAAGAUGCUAAAUCAACUGGUAACAUGAGAAAACACGUCAAAAGUUGUUGGGGAGAGGCAGCCUUACAAGCUGCAAUGGAUUUAGAUGGGCCUAUUAAGACUCUACUUGAAACCGGAUCAAUUAAAACAUCAUUUGAGCGGAAAGGAAAGGGAAAAGUUACCUAUUCACACCGUCAACACACCCGCGCUGAGACAAGGGCAGAGGUUGUCCGUUGGGUGUCCGAGAGUCUACGACCGUUUGAGAUGGUCAAUGAUCAAGGGUUUCAAAAUCUAAUGAAGACCAGGCGGCCAGAAUAUUACUUACCAUCCCCGUCCACUGUUGCAUGCAAUGUUAAACAAGAUUUUGUAAAGACGUGGAAGCGCAUCGCAAAUAUGUUACAGAAUUACGAGGGCGAGCUGAAUUUUGCAACAGAUGCCUGGACAUCCCCAAAUCAUAGGGCAUAUGUAAACAAAACUUACCGUCAAUGGAAAUCACGCUAA